GGUUGCAGCUGAGCCAAGAUGAAGGUCAUUGCUGUCCUGGCACUUUGGGUAACCCUGUUCCACCAGGGAUACAGCUACUCAUGUCAGGGUCGGUGUGGCUAUGGAACAGACAAUAAUAUGUCCUGUCAGUGUAACUCGUCCUGUGAGCGCUACAGAGACUGUUGUUCUGACUAUGCUGAACUAUGUAAAGCUGGAGCCACAUCUUGUAAAGGCAGAUGUGGUGAGAAAUACAACAGCCAGAACAAGUGCCACUGCAACUCCAAGUGUGCCCAGCACAAAAACUGCUGCAGCGACUACGCAGACCUCUGUAACAGUGACGGAGGAGGUGGAGAUGGAGGUAUUGCGAUCACUGAUGCUGAGAUCAAGGCUCUCUCUGAGACGCUCUAUGCUCUGGAUUCAAACAAGGCCUCAGCCUCAGAGUUGAUCAUUGAGCCUCAGGCUCUGGUGCCCGACUCUCAGACGAGCUCCAAGAAGGAUCUGUCCUCUAAACCCUUUUUCCGAUACCUGAAUGAGGAGGCUCUGUUCUCCAGACCCACCUACGCUGCUCUCCUUGCUGUGCUGGACAACUACGAGAGGAUGACUGGACAGACAGAGGACUUCAGUGCUCAGCAGCUGGCUGAGCAGGAAGCCUUCCUCAAGGAGACCAUAUCCAACACUGAGCUGGGCAGAGAGCUGUUUGCUUUCCUCUACACCAAGGGCGUCUAUGCGUCAGAGGAAGAGUUCAUUCAGGACCUGAAGAUGAUGUGGUUUGGUCUGUACUCCCGCAACAACAACAAGAUGGACUCCAGCGGCUUUGAACACAUCUUUGCAGGAGAGAUCAAAGGAGGAAAGGUGUCUGGUUUCCACAACUGGAUCCAGUUUUAUCUUCUCGAGAAAAGAGGAAAGAUGAACUACUACAGCCACAGCUUCAAUGGGCCCUGGACUUCCUACCCUGAUGUCAUUGGGAUGCAGUUCAUGUGGGAGGGCUACUUCAAGCAGGUCGGUUCUGCAGUCAUUGGCUGCAGCCCUGAAUUUGACUUUGCCUUGUACAGCCUUUGCUACAUCACUCGCCCGGGAAAACAGUGUCGUCUGAGCCUGGGAGGAAAGGAGCUCAUUAUGCAAACUUACACCUGGGAUAAUUCUUCCUAUGGUGAUGGAAAGAAGUACAUCGGCUCUGCCUUUCCUGCAACCCCCAGAAACUGAGGCUGCCAUCUAAUAAAACAUAAGCAACUCACAGAGGAGUCCGUUUGUGUUUCAUUACUCGUGGUGCAAACACUUCAUAGUAAUAUCCCCAAAAGAAGCAGUUUUCUCAGUAAGAGGUAUUCGUCAAUGUAAUUAAAUGUAUCAAAUGUAAAAAUAUGUAUCGCAACAGCUUAUAUUUUCACUCUUAAAAUGUUUCUAUAAAGUGGGAAUAAA